UCUCCUUUCUCACUGUGCGUUUUAGGGUUUUAGCGCCAGAGAGGCGAGCUCCACUCUCACAGGUGAGCUAGCGAUCGCUGUACGAUCCAUGGAAAGAAUGCAGCUGGUGUGUGUGUCCGGGCACACGCUCCUGGCGCUGCUCUUCCUCGUCGCGGCUUACAUCGAUCUGUGCGACGCGGCCUCCGUCUUCGAUGUCUAUCGCGCGAUACAGUACGAUUUGCGAGGGAUUCCAAUGGGGUCGCGGCGCGCGAGCUUGAAUCACCACGCUAGCUCCGGACUGUCUGUGCCUGGAUCCGACAUUACCAGGUCUGUCGUGAUUCUUCCCAUUGCAAAGGUCAACAUUACGCUCCUCAAUGAGUAUCUUCAAGGAAAGCGAAUCUUGGGUGGACUCUUGCUCUUGCUCCCGGAGAAAGGCCAUGGCGACGAUAACAAAGACGAAGAUGCGGAUGAAAAUCUCCAGGUCGAGCGUGACCUUGAGAAUUGGAUCAUCAAGAACAACGUUCCUUAUCCUGUUUACUUUGUCUACGAGACCCCAAGUCUCAAAGCUUUGUUGGAUGAAGUUAUAGCGAACGAUCUAGCGGGGAAGCCUGCCACUGCCACCACUGGAGGGUUUAAGCUAGUUAUUUCCGGUCCUGAGCCCAGAAAAAUUCCACCUCCAUCGCUCGUUAACAUCCAGGCAUGGCUACCUGGACUGAGAAGCGAGGGUGAUAGUUCUGUUGUCCAAACUAUAGCUAUAGUAGCAUGGUAUGAUACCUUUGGGGCGGCUCCAGGGAUUCCUGCUGGGACUGAUAGCAACGGAAGUGGCGCUGUCGCACUCCUGGAGAUUGCUCGGCUAUUUUCUCGUCUGUAUGCCAAUCCGAAAACGAGGGGUCGGUACAACCUUCUCUUUGCCUUGACUGCUGGAGGGCCUUACGAUUACGAGGGUACUUCUAAGUGGUUAAAGAGCUUUGACCAACGGCUUAGGGAGAGCAUCGACUAUGCGAUAUGCCUCAAUUCUCUUGGCUCUAUAUCUGGGGAAAAAUUGUGGUUGCAUGUUUCUAAACCACCAGAAAACGCUUAUAUCAGACAAAUACACGAGGGACUUUCUGAAGUAGCGACAGAGUUGGGACUAACGGUCGAGGUUAAGCACAAAAAGAUCAACAUUUCAAGCUCACGGGUCGCUUGGGAGCACGAGCAAUUUUCCAGGCAGAGAAUAACGGCUGCCACGUUGUCGGAGCUUGAAACUCCUCCAGAGCUUCUAGAAAAUGCGGGAAGUAUUGUGGACACGAGGGCUAACAUCACGCAAGUGAUCCUGAGCACCAAGCUCGUUGCAGAAUCUUUAGCUAGAUACAUAUACGAUCAACAAGACAAGCAUAUAACAGUCUUUGCCGACGGGAGUAAUCUAGCAGUCAGCCGUUCAUACGUUCAAGGUUGGUUGAACUUACUCUCGCGAACGCCUAGAAUGGCCCCAUUUUUGUCCAGAAACUCUCCAAUCAUUGCUGCCUUUCACAAGGAACUUGCGGAUCGCAUCGAGGACGUGAAAAUCCAACACGAGACAAUGGACUCAUCCUUCACGUUUUACGACUCAACAAAGUUCGUUCUCAGCAUUUUCCAGGUCGCGAGCGUGACAUUCGAUCUGGUAGUUAUGCUGGCUGUUGGCUCAUACCUCGGGCUUCUUUUUGUGAUUGCACUUGUAACAACAAAGGGAUUGGACGACCUUUUCCGAAAACCACCUUCCUCGAGGAAGAUCAAGGGAACGUGAGCGUGUUCGAAGACAAAGAGAAACUUUGGCCAUUUUGUAAGCAGCUGUUAUUUUGGAUCGCUGUGUUUUCACGUCUAAUGUGUUAGGGGCUCUCACUCGUGAAAUCCAAACACUAAAAUAUACAGACGAAGAGAUAAAAGAAUUCGGUUCCUUCA